AUGACAGUUUAUCCAAUCUACAACAACUUACGCGGAAAGGGAAACCCUCCGCCCCACGCGACAUCCAUCUCCGGUACCGUACACACACAGCUGGUGUAUUGUGGUGCCUGUGAGAGUGUGUGUGUCUGCGUGUCUGCCACGCAACAAGCCACAAUCCGACUCCAAGAAGGCCGUUCGUACGCGGGAGGGGCCCGGUCGCCGUUGUCUCCGCACAGGCUUGUAUGGGACCUGACGUCCAGCGUCCCAUCAUCGUCUUCUGCCUACGACCUCCCUAGCGGGUCCGGGCCAUCUACAAAACUACUCAACCAAGCCCCCGGGCUACAAACUACACCUUUUGACGCGGCGGACCGUCGAAAGGAGCGUCAGCAGAAAAACUCCGGAAAAUCGCCAGUUUUUCGGUGCCGC